UGAGUUUUGAUAAAAUGAAGGAAAAUCAUCGGAAUAGUUUCUAGCAACUUGUGUUUACAGCAGAUCAAAUAAAUUAAUAAUAUAAAAUAAAUAAAAAUGUCGAGUACUGACUUUUUAGAACUUAAUCAAACGGCAAUGUUUGCUAAAAUACGUAACAGCCUGCCGGUGGAAAGACAGCAUUCACAAAAUUUGCUUGAAUCUAAAGAUGAUCUGCUAUAUGUCUGGGAUUCACAAGAAUCUUGCUUACUGGUAGUAAAUUGGCGCACGGCAAUAGCUAAAGGUCAUGAAAGCAUAAAUUAUCAAACGCUUAUCCCUUCAACACAUUUAACAUUCGAUGUAGAGCGUGUUAUAAGCUCCAACGAGGGCACUUUAAUCGCUUUAGCUGGCUCGCGUGGCAUUUGCAUAAUGGAAUUACCGUGUCGUUGGGGUGCUACGGGUCAAUUUAUGCAAGGCAAACUCCAAAUCACUUGCCGAACUUCGAAUUUGGGCACUCAUUUAUUUAACAAUAAUCCGCACUUACAAUUGCUGCAAGUGCGUUGGCAUCCAGCUUCGCCAACCGACUCACAUCUUUUAGCUUUGCUCUCGGACAACACAAUAAGGGUUUACGAUAAUGCCAGCUUACGUCAUGUUUGGCAAGUGGGUCCUUUGCCGUUAAGAAACGACACAAAUCCCAACGCUUCUAUUGUAUAUUCUUUGGAGGUAAAUGUAAUAGAUUUUGAUAUUGCACCGCCCGUCACUACAGAAACAGAUGAAAUAGGUUUUAAUGUAACUGCUGCUUCCACUUCUGUCGUUAGUACGAAGCAAAAUACUGCCAUAAUAUCAAAGACUUGUAGCAGUACUUUACUUAAUAAAACAAUUCAAAGCUCGCAGCACAAGCCGAAGAAGAUACAAUGGCCUUUAGUGAUUUUAAGAGAGAAUGGCAAUAUAUAUGUUUUAAUGGCAGGAUUGGAUACGGAAAAGCCACGUUUACAAGGUCCCUUAACGAUAACGCCAUCCUCAACUGAUAAUUAUGGAGUAGAUUAUUGUUCUCUAUUAGUUGUACCAUCUCUGCCGCCUACUUUGGUUAUAGCCGAAACUAAUGGUAAGCUUCAUCAUGCUAUGUUUUUGGAAGCUGAAGUUGCAGAAAAUUCCUUCGAUGAAGUGGACGAAAGCCUGAUUAUUCAUCCUUGUGAAUGGACAGUCCAUAUUUUGGAAACUGUAGAAUUAGAACUUGGUUUACCGAAGGAAACCACGAAUCAGGGAUAUUAUUGUCCUAUUUUUUUGAAAAGGGAUUUCAUUAACGAGUUACGUUAUUUCGCCUAUCACAAUACUGGCUUGCAUGUAGUAACAAUCAAUUUUAUAGCUGAAUUGGAAAGGUUUUUGGAAAACGAAAUUACCAGCGAUAUCAAUUCGAUUUGCGUCCCCUCCCAUGCGGAGUAUGUAGUAUGUACUAAAAUCGAUUCAGGAAAUCGUGUGAAUGCUGUUUUAGGUUUUGUCAUUAUGCAAAUGCCUAAUUGUGCCGUUUUGCUGCUUUCCAGCGGUCAAGUCCUAAGCCUGAAAUUGAUUAUAGACUUGAAGUUAUUGAGCACUCUUCCAUCGACGAAAACGAUUUCCGCGGCAAAUGCAAUAAGUGAACAACAGCAUUCCCAACUAAAUGAAUUGUUAUCUACCUCGUUUGUAGAUGACAUCCGUAGGUUAUUGAAACGUGAUGUUACUCAACCUAUAUUGUCGUUAGAUAAAUCGUCUUCGCCCACUCCUCAAGAAUGUAAUGAACUGCUCAUUCAAGCUAUUAAAAUUUUGCGAACACAAUAUUUGAAAAAACAUGAAUUGGUCAGAGCUGAAUUCAAUAAGCGUAUACUUACCUUAAAGCUGUGGAAAGAACGGCAAAAGCAAGACAUUAGUGAUUUAGAAGAAGAACGCAAUAAAAUUAGAGAUAAUGCUCAUAAGUUAGCCGAGAAAUUUGAAGAGUUACGUGAGCAACAGGAAGUUUUAACAAAAAGAUAUCAAGACUUAAUGCGACAGGCUAACACACGUUUACCUGGAAAUAAUUUGGCCCAGAAAGAGUUCGCCAAAGAAGUUGAGCGUUUAAAUGACUUUACCAAAAAAAUGUCAUCAACUUUUGAGAAAUAUAAAAAUACUAUUAAUAAACAAAAUUAUCAAAUUGCCAAAUAUCAAGAAAAUUCGAACAUGAAAACGUACGAACUACCAGAAGCACAAGAACGCACCAUUAAAGAUAUUCUAUUGCAAAUAAAUACUGAAAUCGACAGCCAAGUAAUGGAAGUGAAACGUAUUGGCAAAAUUGUCUCUUAAAAGGCUCCACUUCGUUUAAAAGAUCAUUACGUUAAACAUUAUCACAAGUUAAGCAAAUUAUUUUUGUAUUCUGUAUCAUUUAUUAAAUGCUCAGAAUUGCUCAGAAUUAAUAAACGAGGGAAUGCUCCAAAUUUUGUCAUAUAUUUGCAGAAGUCAAGUCAGUAAUGAAAACAUUAUAAUUUAGCAAAAUAAAUUGAAGCAACAAGGUAAUGUCAAUGGAAAUUUGAAACCGUGUGAAAAAUGUGGAAAACAGUGGAAUAUUUUGUU